AACGAACCUAGCGGCCUUCGCUCCUUUUAUGUGCCUUGGAGCCAAGAAGAGCAGAAAUUUCGAGGCGGCGCAAGUUCUCCAUCGAAAGAGAGGAACUGUUCCACCAUCAGGAACUAGCGCUGAAGGUCUUAGUUUGGACCGACUUCCGCCGUGUUCCACUCGUUGAUCCAAUCUUUGGUUAAACGGCUUUUCGCCUCGAGAUUAAAAUGGAAGAGAUCAGCUUAGAGGAACUGUGUGGCACGUAUUCGAAUUUAAAUGAGACGAGUGUGGCUAAUUUCAAGUUAUAUGGACAAGGUAUCACUGUGAGUAUUGUCGGUCUGUUUGGACUGAUUGGCAAUACCUUGGCUAUCCUCACCAUCGCCUCAAUGAGAAAUGUGACCUUGUUCUACAAGCUUCUCGUGGCUUUGGCCAUUUUUGACGUGCUCUUCAUUCUAACAGGAGGGUUGUUCAUAGUGCAGACAGCUUUUAAGUUUGAAUUUCCGUGGUACAACUUGCUCUUUCCAAGCAUCAUUUAUCCCGUGGCUGGGAUAUCCAUGACAGGAUCGACUUAUUCUUGUCUUGCCAUCGCAGCGGAAAGGUAUCUUGGCAUCUGUCACCCCAACCGUAAUCCAUGCUACAGAAAGUUUCGCUUCUAUGUCAUUGGGAUAUUUUUGGCAUGUCUUGCCAUUGAUCUUCCAAGAUUCUUUGAAGUCCAAUCUAUCAUGGAAGAUGGAGAGGCUGUGGGUGUGGAAUACUCACCAUUGAGGACAAAUGGAACAUUCAUCUUAGCCUAUGUAAUGUGGUAUCGUCUUUUGACAACCAUCGCACUUCCCUUUGCACUCAUGUUAUUCUUCAAUAUCAAAGUAUUCUCGUACUAUAAGCAAAACAACCUUCAAAGCCACAGCAGUCAAGAAAAGACCUUGCUGACCAUUUUCUGUUGCAUCAACUCCACUUUCUUCAUCUGUCAUUUACCCCGCGUCGUUCUCAACAUAUACGAGUUCUUUCUACAUCAAAGAUCUCACUAUUGUCAAUCUACUUUUGAUGUUCCAUUCGUCCCACCUCCUUGGAUGUUCAUCAUGACCUCCAUUGAAAAGGUUUUGUUGAUCAUCAACGCAUCAGCUAACUUCAUAUACUACUGCUUUAGUGGGCGGGAAUUUCGAAAUCGAUUUUGCCGCAUUGUUUGUUGCGACUUCACCAACUUAUUCCGACGAUGCCGCUAUGUGGACAGUCCAGGGGUGGUGGGCGGCGGAACAUUUCACACCGUUGUCAUGGCCUACACGCCCAAUGAUCGUCGUGAGAGUAGUAUCGACUCUCAAACCGUGUUUAUGGACGUUGCUGGAUUUAAAAGCGAUUUUGAAAUGACCACGUUGGCACGUGGGCGAGAAUGUAUGGGUUCUCUUUUCCCAAUUACUCCAUCUUCUGUCCAGAGUGAGAUCAUUUCCCAUGAAGAAGAGAGUCUAGUCAAGGCCGGGGAAGGUUUCCCGGAAGUCCUCGACAAAAGCGAGGACAAGUCUUCAAUGGUAUUCGUGAGUGAUGCCCAAGAUGGAUAGACUCUCCUUCCACGUUGUGUUGGAUGUAAAGCCCUGCUGCAUAUGUCAGAAAAUCUACAUACAUAAUACUGUGAUGUUCAAUCGGACAAUAAAUUAUUCAUCUGGUUAUUUUAAACGUUGCAAACGGAUGUGUGCUUUUGGUUCGUUUAUGAUAUGGGCAAUUUGGGUGGGAAUACGAUUGUGUAGUCGGAACUGUCAGCCUUUGAAACGUUACCUUGAGGCAUUUCUUCAUUAUCUACCUGAGACGCCGUUUUUCAUUAGGAACACUUUAUAAAAUGGUGUGCCUCUAGACUAUUUUUCAACAUUCAGUGUUCAUUUUCACCUUUAAUGUAUAAAUACUUCUCUUGAUCUCGACGUGGUUGGCCUUUUGAAGUGUAUAGUAGUUUUUUUUUUAUUUGGCACCCAAGUGGAGAAACUGGGCUCCCUAAGGCGAAAAUGGAGGUCCACUAUGAUACAUGACAGAUUGUCCCAACCUAAAGGCUCUUGAUGCAUUGCGUAUGGACGGGUGCU